AUGUCCUCUGACUCUGAGGAUUCAGACUCAGGCUCCGAUUCUUUGCCCCCACCAUCGACCGACAUGGCAGAAUUCAAACGCGUGUUGAGAAAUUCGAAAAAUAUCAUUGCUGUUUGUGGAGCAGGUCUUUCUGCGGCUUCUGGCAUACCGACAUUUCGAGGGGCUGGAGGAAUGUGGAGGAAGUACAAGGCAACGAAAUUAGCCACUCCAGAGGCUUUCCAUAAGAAUCCGUCGCUCGUAUGGCAAUUCUACCAUUAUCGGAGAGAGAAAGCGCGACAAGCAACGCCAAAUGAAGCCCAUAAUGCCCUCGCCAAGUUCUGUAUUCCCUCUAUCCGAUCCAAAACUACCCCCGACUCGACCUUCGCGAUUAUUACGCAGAAUGUUGACGGACUAAGCGUCAGGGCGAUGAACCAAGUCUGGAAAGAACAUCAGGAGUCCAACAAGGAAGCAGACGCUGCUCAAAACGGACCUCUGCUUGAAAUGCAUGGCAGGUUAUUCGAUGUCCAAUGCACAUCCGAAUUUUGUGGUCAUAUGGAAUAUGACGAGGCGUCGCCUAUUUGCCCCGCCCUUGGAGGGACAGAAGAGCUGUUCGAGAAGGGAGCUGUCGACGCAGAAAUCCCGAAAUCCAAUCUGCCCAGGUGCAAGAAAUGCAACGCCCUCGCCAGGCCAGGCGUCGUUUGGUUUGGCGAGCAGCCGGUUGGGUUAGAUAGAAACGACGAGCUUGUCGAAGCCGCGGAUCUCUGCCUUGUCAUUGGCACCUCCUCCACCGUCUAUCCUGCCGCGAUGUACGCAGGAUUGGUACAAGAACAUGGAAAAGUGGCAGUCUUCAAUCUGGAGAGAAGCUCAGGUGAUAAGUAUGCGGACUUUUUGUUCCUUGGUCCAUGCGACCAAACACUGCCAGAGGCACUCGGUUUAGUCAAUGCGUCGUAA